CGCUACUCGCUCACGAUGGCCGUCACCACCAUCACGCUCACCUCGGCCUUCUACGUCGCGUACGGCGAGUACGACAGCGUCGUCAGCGUCCUGAGCAGUGUGGGCGACGUGGCCUCGGGCAUCGUCAUCCUCUUCAAAGUGCAGAUCGUCUUUGACCACGGCCACGAGUUGCUAGCAAUCCGGACAGCUCUUCAACAUUCGUUCAGCGCUGUGGAAUCGGCAAUAGCAGCGGAAGAGGCUCGAGAUGCGAAUAUCCGGUGCCUCAAUAAAGCCCGAAGUUUCUGCAAGUGGGUGUUCGCGCUCUACGCGGCUCCUUGCUGCAGCGGUUUCGGACUGAACAUCGCCAACAUGCUGAUGCGCAGAGAAGACCGCCAGCUUCUGAUCAAGGCACCCGCGAUGGUGACUCAGAGUGACGUCUGGUACUGGUUACUGGUCCUCUGCUCAUCCAUCUUGUUUGGAUCCUUCGUCUUUAUAAAUGGAGGGUUGGAUAUGAUAUUCUUAUCACUUUGCAUGCACAUUCGCUGCAAAUGUGAGAUCCUACGCAAGUUUUUUCGUCAUGCAAACCAGCGAGGUGCUGGUCGCGCUGCCGACGGGCCAAUCGACUACUGGGCCGAUGACGGAUCGGACUUCGUCCUCCAGCCAGUGACGCGACCCGAGGACGAGAUCGUCGCAGUCACUCGUGCGUGCGCGCAGUAUCAUCAGCAGAUCGUCAGCCUGCGCGACACCACCGAGAAUGUGUUUUCUAAGAUGUCACUGGUCGUGAUGAGCUACCUAUUGCUCGGACUAGGGAUUCCAGGGCUUCGCGUCUUGUACGAUAAAUCGAUGGAUGUUACAGGCGUCCUUUUCCUCAUGCUGUACACAAUGUGGAACUGUUGCCAGCUGCUUUUCUAUUGCUGGUUCGCCGACUCCGUCGCACAUGCUUCCGUAGCAGACCCCUUGCGGAACACCCCAUGGUUCAAAAUUGUCGCAGUCCGAGGAAGUGUCGGUGGCCGCCUACGCCACCAUGCGGCCGGACAUGACGUCCAGGACGCUGAGCGGACUGAACCGCCGCGCGGCCGACGUCUUGAACAUGGUGACCCUGCGAGCGCAACGGCCCUUGCACCUCACGGCGGGCCGACUGGUCAAGCUGACCCUGGAGCUGUGCCUCGACAUCAUACGCCGGUCACAGUCGAUGUACUCAUAUUUACUCAACCUGCGAUGAACAACGAGCAACUUUCAAUCGUCCUUGGGCUUUCCAAAGGAUUGGCUGCUUUGGAAGAUUUCAAAGGAAUUUCUUCGGUGCGAAUGACAACAAAAGGACUACACUUGCAACUGCAGCAGAAAUUCUGCCCAAAGAUCAAACAGUGUCUCUUCGGCGUACGCGUCAGCUGCGGUUGCCCUUGGGCAGGCUUGAACAUGGCCAACUUGGAAUUUUUGGUACAUUGCAAAUGAGCUGUACUUGAUCGAAAGUAAACG